CUUCAUUCGUGAAAGUCUCCGGAAAGAGCCGAUUAGCCGAAACCAACUCACAUCGUGACGCCAUCAAUGAGCGCCGAUAGUUUGAUGCUUGUAUCUUGUAUGGUAUCAUAAUAUGAUACGGAAUUCUUAUCAACUCAACGACAAGGAAUCAAUUUUGGAAGAACUCCACUCCUACGCACAGUAAAUACCUGCAACGGUGCCUUACCCAACCCCACUGAGUUCUCUACUACCAUCACCACCUGUGUCAUUGGGUGGGAAAAGCCAGAGGACAACUAGUUUUAUUGAUUUUAAGCAAAUUUAAAAGAAAUUAAUUAACAUAACUAAAAAUAUUGCCUCACCACAUGGAUGUAAAGGGGAUUUGGAUUUGAAGUUGAGUCUUGGGAUGGGGUUAAACUACCAAAGGAGGACGUCAUGGUUCACAGCAACUCUGCUUCGCCAAUGAAAACAUCUCUUCCGCCUAAUAUUACAGAGGCAGCACCUCCUGAGCUAGCAGCACCACCUCCAGUGUUGCCUGUUACGGAUACUUCUGACAAGGGCCCAUCUAGUAUCCCUAAUAAACUCUUAACCUCGGAUGUUAUCUCCAUUUCAGAUGUCUCUCAGCCCACAGAAGCUGGGUCACCAGGUGUACAUCCUAAAAUAGCACCUAAAGUUGACUCAAGUCCAUCGUUGUACAGGUCAUCCACACAGUCAACAACCCCCACACAAGUCAUAAGCAAUGGCCGCACAUCAGGCAGAAAGAGGACUCCCAAGACAUGUGACUGUUGCUGCGCCAACAGAAAGGGCCACGAUGUCAAAACCUCAGGCAGGGGGAGAGGGAGGGGAAGGGGACGAGGCAGAGGAAGGCCUGCCGAAAGGAACGUCCAUGACACCCUACAAGGAAAAAGUGGGGGCAAGCUCACAAGAAUUAUUGACUUUGACCUGACAGAGGAGGAUUCCGUGGAAGCUGGGGAUGAAAAUGACAUGUGGGACAGUAUGAACAUAUCUAAUAAACAGUCAGGGUCAAUUGCUCCUUCACGGGUCUGUGUCUCGCUACUGGAUGGGGAUGACAUGGACAAUGGCCAGAUGCAUUUACCAGAAAUCACUGUGCCAGCAGUGCUUGCUUCAAAAGGUGAAUUGUCCAUUGGAUUUAAGCAAGGUGUUGAAAAUGACAUUAUAAAUUCUAAAAAUUCCCAAACCCAGUCAGAGUCUCUGUCUCAUAAGAAGCAUUUGAACUGUACAUCGGAGACAUCGCAGAUUGGAAAUGGAGAGUCAAUAUUUGAAGCAGAACCUGAAGAGAAGAAACCUGAAGACAAAAGUAACCUGAGUAAACCAGGAAAUGUCACACUUUACUCAUCAGCAGAAUCAGCUUCUCCGUCAAUGCCAGGGAGUCCUCAGACUCACGACUCAGAGAUGCAUGUAGCACUGAAUGCUGACAGAAUGGAGCCAUUGGCUGUAUGUCCGUCACCUACUUUGUCAAAUGGAAAUGCCCUGUCACCUGCAGAACACAGCCCCAGAUCAACACCCAUGGAAACAGACAGUGGAAAUUCUGCUGUUGAUUCUUCUUCACACCAUUGUCCUAUUACAGUAUGCAGCAUGCCACAUUGCCCUGCACUAAGAGACCAUAGUUUGUAUUGUCACCCUGGAACUUGGGAGAAAGAGGAAAAGAUGAUUAAUAAUCCGUCUGAAGAAACAUUUGUACAAAAGACUAAUGGGGGUGCCCAAAGUCAUGAUAGCCUCGAGAGACUAAUCAGUUUGGUCCAUGAGUUUUUGGAGACCUUCUACAUAAAAUAUGGCAGUUUCAUUCCUCUCAGUGAGACCGAUAUCCUGGAAUACCUUAAGAAGAACAGCAACCACGAUGACUUCAGCAACCUAGGAUUAAACAUCCAAAAGGAGGUCGGACGGUAUAAGGCAGCACUAGCCUCUGCACCUGUAGCCGGCUUCAUGGUUAUCCAUAACAAACAUACGUUGAGCCUGGAAGAUCUUGGCACGCUGGAGGAGCAGAACUGGAUAAAUGAUCAGAUUAUCAACACGUAUGGGGACCUGAUUAUGGAAGCAGCCCAGCACCAUGUUCAUUUUUUUAAUAGUUUCUUCCACAAGCAGUUGGAUGCCAAGGGUUAUGAAGGUGUAAAGAGAUGGACCAAAAAAGUGGAUUUGUUUUCCAAGUGGCUACUGCUAAUUCCCAUCCACUUAGAAAUCCAUUGGUCUCUCGUCACUGUGACCAUGGCAACUAAAACCAUCAAUUACUUUGACAGCCAAGGCAUUGUCUUUCGACAUACUGCAGAUAACAUAAUGAAAUACCUUCAGUCCGAAGCUCAAGAGAAGAAACAAACGGAUUUCCUGAAAGGUUGGAAGAUUGCAAUCAUCAAGGGUAUUCCUCAGCAGAAAAACGACAGUGACUGUGGCGUUUUUGUCCUUGAGUACUGCCGAUGUCUCUCUGUGAAGAAGCCUUUGCUGUUCAGUCAGGAUGACAUGCCUCGUAUUCGCAAACGAAUCUAUAAGGAGCUGUGUGACCGAAGCCUCAAUUCAACUUAAAUGACUGAACAAUGGUCGUCUCAGAUCACUGACUGCUUGCCUUUUUACAUGUGGGAGUUCUGCCAAGCUCGUCAUGCAGAUCCUAAUUUACUGAGCAACUGUUACAUAAGGUUAACAGACAACCUGGCUAUCUGUUUUCCAAUAAGUGGCAGAUUUCUUCACCCAGCUUGGAAAGAACUACUGACGUGGCCUCCUACUGAUGCCGUUUCACUUUGCCUUUGCUUAUUGCAUUUAGCAUGGCCAGUUAAUAUAAACCGGCCAAUCUUAUAGACACACAGAAUUCCUUGGACUCAUGCAGAAUUUACCUGCUGGGACCAAAUGGAGUGACCAUUUUAAACAAUGUCUUCUUAAAGCGUGAAUUUUACGCAGGACUUUUUUCAGCAACACCUCAUGUAUUUGUGUCCCCUAACACCGUAAAUCAUGAGUAUCUGUGAUUCAAUGGACCAACUGUUCACCUAAAACUUGAAGAUGGAUGUUGGCUUUUUUUUUUUUUUUUUUUUAAUAGACUGGUCAUUAAUAUUUGCACGGAUAUUAAAUAAUAGUUUAGUAUAACAACGAAUGUACUGCCCAUGUAUUCCUCCCAUCUGGCCUGCCGGGUAGUGACCUGGCUUUGGCGCAAACAGAGAGACAGGAUUGUCUUUGCUUGGAGGACCGGAUCUCUAUCCAAUGGCACCAAAUAAUUUCUUCAUGAAAUUCCUUUUUUCUUACUGCUAAUAUUUACCAGAUUGUUUAGCUAUACUAGCUAAAUCCUGAUUUGCAAAACCAUUCACAUGUCCAAUCAUUUUAAGUAAAAUUUAUAUUUUCUCAUCAUUAUUAGAUGUGCAGAUAAAGCUGCUGAAGUGAAGGCCACAAAUGUAGGUGUUAGCCAAGAAAAACUUUCAAGUGUUAGUGUAGAUGCGUUGAUGCAGGUGAAUAAAGACUUAUUCACCUUUGGCUGAGAAACAAGCAGACCUCGCUUAUUUUUCCCCUAAGCAUUGUUUUUAUCUUGCUUCUGCUGUUGUAUACCGUUGUGUGGAUUUACAGAUUCCAUCGUACUAUUACUACUGUAAAUGCUUACUUUGGUUCAAUGCCACAGGGGAAUUUAAUUUUAUUUUCUUCAAUCCAAGACAGCUGCCAACGUAAGGCUUUUCUCUGUGUACCUGGUCUUGUAUGUAUUUGAUAAGGUACCAUUGAGGCAACAGCAUGCAGUGACUGGAUUGAUUGUUUUAUCUGUACUUGAACUCAUAAUCUAUAGUUUUUUCCCUUUUUUUUUUCUUAGCUGAAACCCUCCCGAUAAAUACUCAACCAUAGUUGGUGAAUUGAGUUUUUUUUCUUCUUUCCUCACAAAUCGAUGUUCUCAAUCAUCUGACUCUAAAGACAAAUAUUGCUUAGUUUCUGCAUUAUGUUUGUGCUUUUAUGCCGGAGCACAGAUGUCAACUGGAAGGAUCGGGGGCCAGAUACGGCCCACCA